AUGAAUGGAAAACUGCCUACGUAUCACAACAACGAGAUAAAUGAAAAGCUUCAUGUCACGAACAUUGCAGCUUCCUGUUUAUAUGAUAUCACUCUUGCAUGGAUUAACACGUCCUUAAAACGAAUCAAUUUCACUAUUUCACUGUUUGAGUUGACAAGAGCGAUUAAACAACGAAUGAAAAAAGGAGCUUGGAAAGGCUUUAUAAGUAGUAAAGCCUAG